UGUAGAAUAAGUCUCUCUCUCUCUCCCUUCAUAAGCACCUCAACUCUCUCCCUCUCUAAAGCUCCAAAAAAAAAACACACACACUCAAACACAAUGGAAAGCAUUGAUGAGGAAUAUACAAAUUACUGGGAAACCAAUAUGUUUCUCCGAACCGAAGAACUUGUCGAUUUUGUCGAUGAAACACUAUCUGCCUACUAUGAUUCGAGCUCUCCUGAUGGAACAAAUUCAUCAAUGACAUCAAAGAACAUUGUUUCAGAAAGGAAUAGAAGAAAAAAGCUCAAUGAAAGGCUCUAUGCAUUGAGAUCAGUGGUCCCCAAUAUUACAAAGAUGGAUAAAGCAUCAAUAAUUAGAGAUGCCAUUCAAUAUAUUGAAAAGUUGGAGAAAGAAAAGAGGAGCAUUCAAUUAGAAAUAUCAGAGUUGGAAUCUGGUACAUCAGAAAAUAGUACGACGUUCAAUUUCGAUCAAGAAUCUCCUACGUUUUGUUCAUAUCCAAAGAGAGCAAGAUUGGAUCAUGCUCGUGAUUCUAAAACAUCAAGAUCAUUUCCCAUUGAAGUUCUAGAGUUGAGGGUAUCCCACAUGGGGGGGAAGACAGUUGUGAUUAGCCUCACUUGCAGCAAUAGAACAUACACAAUUGUAAAGCUCUGUGAGAUUUUUGAAUCUUUGAAGCUCAAAAUCAUCGCUACCAACAUCACUGCCUUCUCUCAAAAUCUUUUGAAGACAGUAUUUGUUGAGGCAGAUGAAGAGGAGAGAGAACUUUUGAGACUAAAGAUAGAAGGUGCCAUAGCAGCUCUAAAUGAUCCAGACAGCCCUAUGAGCUUGUAAAAUUGUCUUUUCUCCCAUAGGAUUUAAAAAAAAAAUAAAAAUAAAAAUAAAAAAAUUCUCCUC